AUGAAAAGUAGGGCCGAUAUCCGAAUAAUAAAACAUAAUGUAGACUGGAAAAAAGCGCAUGAUGAGUGUGUAUACCAAGGAGGCACACUUGCUGAUACAAAAGACAUCGACAGUGCUUGUGCCAGUAUGAGUGAUGUAAGGAUUUGGCUGGGUGAAGAAGAAAGAGUGAAAAAAAUUGCCAGAUACGAGAAAACAAGCAUGCAAAGUACGUUAGCAUCAUCUAUGAACAGUUUGUAUGAUUCCAGUUCUGAGUUUUAUGGAUAUGUAUCUACAGCUGAGCAGCAACAAUCAAGUCUGGUUAACAAGAGCAGUAGCAGUGUAUCGAAAAAUGGAAGUUCGAGACUGCAAACUACUGUCACAUCAGAUUUAUCGACUAAAUCGAUGAUCACUACUCCAAUAGUACUUGCUUCUUAUAAUGUUCAAAUGCCAACAACAUUGUAUGGUUUAGUUGCGACAAUUACGAACACAGAAGAACUGAGUAAAAUCAAUAUGUUAAAUACAAUAAAAAUGGAAUCAAGUAGUUCAAGAAGUCACAAAAAUAGUGCAGGUAGAACAAGCCUUCAAAGUACAUCAGUAUUAUCUUUAACCAGUUUUCUCGAAUCCAGUUCCUCAUCUACGGAUGAGCAACAUAAAUCUACAGUUAAAACAAACAUGUUUAGAGAGAGCAGUAGUAGCGUAUCAAUACAUGAACCUUCAAACGUUGGAAGUUCAAUUCUGCCAACCAGUGCUAUGUCAGAUUUAUUUAAUGACCAUGCAACUAAAUCCGUACCUAGUAUAUCUGUUAUCACCAGUACACUAUCAACUACAACUAAGAAUUUGCAAAUGCCAACAACAGUGUAUGGCUCAUUUACGACAAGAACAAACAAAGAAGAACUGAGCAAAACCAAUAAUAUGCCGAGUACAACAACCAUGAAAUCAAAUAAUUCAGGAAGUAAACAAAAUAGUACAGGAUUAAUUGUUGGUAUAUCAGUUUCCAUACUAGUAGUACUUUUGAUUGGCGUAUUCGGUAUUUGUCGACUAAGAGACCAAUGUCCAUCAAAACAAAAGACAGAUGAUUACACUAUUCCAAGUACAGAUACAAAAGAUCCGAACUAUGAUGACAUUAAUUUUGAUCUCAAUAAAAAUACACAUGUUAUUGAAAAUGAUUCAACACAGCCUAUGGUCGCUACAAAGGGCGCUGAUAAACAGUUUUUACCGACAGAUAAUAUAUCAAAUGGUAAAACAAAUAUUUCUAACAAUGCAUAUGCUGUUGUUGUAAAGAUACCGUCUUUUACAAAUACUUCUAAAGCCGAAACGAAUGAGGAUAAGAACGAAACUAAAGAGAUAAGUAUGGAUGAGAAUGAUUAUGAUAUGCUUAACAAACCAAGACCCGUCAGUGGUAAUGCAUCUAGCAAUGUAUAUGAUACUUCUGGAGAACGUCUCGAUGAAAACGAUCCAACAUAUAAUACUACAGCACACAUGCAAACAAAGGAAAGAGAAUUGGAAUCCAACUACGAUCACGUGUAAAUUCAUCCCAUAACCUUUUAAUAUGCUUAUAGAGAACUUGAACAUUAAAAUUUAUGAUAUUUGUAAAUAUCAAUAGAACAUAUAAAAUCAAAGGAUGCCAUAACUUGCUUGUUUGCCUUCGAGCGUCACUAAAGAGACAUCUUUCACAACAUUUUUGUUACUGUUAAUCAUGUUAGUGUUUGUGUAAGUGGUUAGGAAUCUUUUAUAUUCAGAAAAGAUAUCCGACGUGCAUUCAAUUUCGUUUAGACAUGUUGACAAUCAUUCUUAGUUCAUUUAACUUGAAGAAUUUAUCAACUUAUAUAUAUAU